AUGAAAUAAUUUUUAUGCCUUUGGCUUCUGAUAGGAAUAUCAUUAUGUGUCACAACAUCAAUUACUGAAUGUGAAUGUGCACAAUUGUUAACAAAAACAGAUUGUACAAAGAGAACUUCACUUGGUUGCUCAUGGGAUGAGACUAAAAAUACAUGUGGUAAAGGAACCGUAACUCCUCCUGUCACAAUAACAUAUGCAUCAUAUUGUUAAAGUUUCACAUAAGCUGAUUGUGCAAAGACUAAUGGAUGCUUAUGGAAUACAGAUAAAUGUACUCAUUUUACAGGGUGCACAGCAUUUAAUAAAACUUUAGAUGAAGAAUGCUAAGCUAUAUCUAACAAAUGCAUUACAGAUGGUGUUCAUUGUGUAGAGAUUGGAGAAUGCAAAUCAUAUUUGAAAUAAUUGCCAUGCAAAGUGAAUUAAAGUAAACAAGAUUGUUUCUGGACUGGUGAAGCUUGUAUCGAUGCUACUUUGUGUGAACAUUAUCCAAAAGAUUUAACAACUGAUGAAAAAUGUAGAGAAAAGAAUAAGAAAUGUACUGUUGCAAAGAGUGGAUCUGGAUGUUAAGACAGUGCUACAUCUUGUGCUUAAUAAGAUGGAGAAUAAUAAUGCUAUUUUGGAGAUUAGUAAGCAAAAUAGAAAUGCUUUUGGACUGGAAAUGAAUGUGUGAAUAGAACUUGUGAUAAAGCCCCAGCAACAUCAUCAUAUAGUACUCAUGCUCAAUGUUAAAACUAUGAUCCAACUUGUACUACAACUGGAGCAGGAUGUAGAAAUAUAACUACUUGUAGUGAUGCAAAACUUUCAGAGGGUUGUAAAGUCAAUAGUUCUAAUUAAUAAUGUAUCUGGGUUGAUAACCUAUGUAAGGAUUACAAAUGUGAAUCAGCACCACUUACAAGGAAUUCAAAUCCUUUAUGUGAACAAUUCAAACCAGGAGGAAAAUGUGUAACAAAGAAAGAUGGAGGUUGUAAGGAUAAUGGAUCUUGCAGUUCUCUUGAUUAAGUUGCAUGUGAAAAGGAUAAAGAUGGAGGAUUAUGUGUUUUUAAUGUAACAUGCAAAAAUAAGACAUGUGAAAAUGCCCCUGCUACAAAUGAAAACCAUGAAGCAUGUACUUUAUAUUUGCCUACUUGUACUGUAAAUUCUACUAAUAAGGGAUGCAGAACCAGAACAUGUGACAACGCACCAAAUACCAUAAAUUCAUUAAGUGAUUGUAAUUCUUAUUGGCCUGGUUGUAUACCAAAAAAAGGAGGUGGUUGUUAAACUCUCACAACCUGUGAUAAAAUUGAAGUAGCAGAAGUAUGUCUCAAAGAUACAAAUGGAAAGGAUUGUGUUUGGGAUACAGAAUUAAGUAAGUGUCUUGAUAAGACUUGUGCAAAUGCACCAUCAGAUAAGAGAACAUCACAUGAAAAAUGUAAUUAAUAUUUGCCAUCUUGUACAGUUAAUUCUGUAAAGAAUGCUUGUAUUGAAAUGAUUUGUGAAAAUAUUGUAGAAUAAGGAGAUUGUGUAAUUGAUAAAGACAAUAAGAAAUGUAAAUAUAGAAGCUCUUGUUAUAAAUAAGAAUGCCGUUUGGCAUCAUAAACAAUUACUACUCAUAGUGCUUGUUAAGAGCAUAUGAAUAGUUGCACACUUGAUAAUACUGGAAAAGGUUGUAUGCCCAUUCCUCCAAGUUGUGGUGCAAUAAAAACUUAAGAAGGUUGUAUUACAAAUUCAAAUGGUGGAGAAUGUGCAUGGGCUUCUUCUAAAUGUCAAGAUAAAUCAUGUAGUACAGCACCAUCAACUAAUACUGAUAACACUGCAUGCAAUAGUUAUAAAACUAAUUGUUUAGUAAACAAUACUGAAAAUGGUUGUAUUGAUCCUUUGACUGUUGCUUGUACAUCACGUUAAAGAGAGGAUAAUUGUUAUUCAUCUGUAGGUUUAUAAUGUGUUUAUAAUCCUACCAAGAAAUGUUAAGCAAGAAGUUGUGAUACUGCAUCAGAUAAUACAAUUACAUAACCAGCUUCUAAUGGAUAUCUCACAUCAUUUUCAAAUUCAUAAUGUAAUACAUAUGUUACAGGUUGCGUUCGUAGUAAUAAUGGUAAUGGAUGUAGAACAAAAGCUGCUGCAUGUGCUGAUUAUAAUUAAUAUAAUUGCGAUUAAAAAACAACUUCUGGUAAAUCAUGUUUUUUGAACACUUUAGAUAAUACUUGUGUAGAUUUAGUAUGUGAGAAAAUUAAGUUAACUACUCAUGAAAAUUGUGAGAAUGCCUCAGGAAUGGAUAACGCAUGUACAGUAGCUAAAGGUGCUUCUCCAACUACUUGUAUGACUAAAUUAGAUAGUUGUGGAUAAUAUGAAGUCAAUCAAUGUAAAAGCACUAAAUCUGGCAAAAAAUGCAUCUGGGCUAACAAUAUAUGUAGGGAAGCAGUAUGUUCCGAUGCUUCAGAUAGUAACUCAUAUAAUACUCAUACCAAAUGUAAUGAUUAUGUUAACACUUGUACUGUUAUCGAAAGAGUUGAUAAUAAAGGUUGCAUACCUAGAAAAGCUAAUUGUAGUGAUUAUACAUCUUAACCUUAAUGUGUCAAAAAUCAAGCUGAUGCUGAUUGUUAUUGGAAUGGAAAUAAUACAUGUGUGACUUUUAGUACUAUGACAUGUGCUUAAAUUGUUUUGACAACAUAUGAUGAUGCCAAAUGUGAAACUGUUAAAUAUUCAUGCAAAGCAAAUAGUACAACAGCUUGCUAAAAUAAAGCUUGUACUGAUUAUACAAAGACUGAUGGAAAAUCUAAUGGUACCACAGCUGUUUCAACUGAUGAUCAUUGUAAAAAUUUAGAUUCAACUUGUACUAUUGAUAAUGGAACAACAAAAGCUUGUAUGACAAGACCACCAACUUGUACAGGUACAACAUAAAAUAUAUGCUCAUGGUCAACAGCAGGAUAAUGUGCAUUUGAUGGUACUAAUUGUGUAUUAAAAUCUACAUAAUGUAGUGAAAAAACUGGAGAAAAUUUAACAAAUGCUAUUUGCUCAACUUUUAAUCCAGCUUGUUCUGCUAAUCUUGCUGGUACUGCAUGCGUUGUUUAAUUAGCAACAUGUAAUCUUUAUACUAAUCUUCCAGAUUGUAGAAAAUCUACAGCUGGAUUAUGUAAAAUUGAUACAGAUUGUAAGGCUGUUGAUAGCCCAAUUGUAUGUGCCAAUAUUAUUAAAGGCACUCCCUUAUUAUCUUAUGAAAUAUGCUAAGAUUUUAGUGCAACAUGUUCUGUUAAAAAAGAUGGAUCUGCUUGCUUAACGAUUGGAAAUUGUAGUUCAUAUACUGCAGCUGAUGGAGCUGAUUGUGUUAAAGGUUCUGAUGGAACAUGCCUUUGGUAUGAUGCUGAUGGUACUGGUACUGAUUUUACUCCUGGUUGUAUUGCUAUAGCGAGUGCUGAUUGCCACAAAAUAACAGUUACUGAUACCAGUCUUAAUGAGGAUAAGUGUUAAUUCUAUCAUUCAAGUUGUUAUGUUAAUUCAGAUAAAAGUGCAUGUUAUGAAAAGAAAGCAAAUUGUUCAGAAUAUACAGACGUAAAGAAUUGCUUAAAAACAUCAGGUGGAGCUAAGUGUUAUUGGUAUGAUGCUGAUGGUGCUGGUACUGUUUCUUCUCCUGGUUGUAUAUAAAUUUCAACACCCAGCACUGAUUGUCCAAAACUUUUGAAAGCUUAAUUAGGAAAUACUACUACUACUGAUGAUUUAUGUAAAGGAUAUAAUGCUUCUUGUGUUUAAAAUAAGGAUGGCACUUCUUGCCUUGAAGUUAAAGCAGCUUGUACAGGUUACUCAUCAGAGACAAAUUGUGUAAAUACUUCAGGUGGAACUAAGUGUUAUUGGCAUGUAGUUGGAGGUACUGGUUCUUGUAAAUAAAUAACUCCAACAGAUUGUGGUCUUGUUACAGGAAGUUCAUUGUUAUAUGCUGAUUGCUAAGCCUACAAUACAAGUUGUAGCGUUAAUUCUACAGGUACAGCAUGUGAAGCUAAAUUAUGUACAAAUAAACCUACUCCAUGGAAUCAUUCAGCAUGUUCAUCAUACUUGUCAACUUGUACAGCAAAUAAAGCAAGUUCAGCAGAUGCAUGCAAAACAGCACCUACUAAAUGUUCAGAUGUUACUGUCUAAGCAGAUUGUGUUGGUUCUGUUAAUGAUGGAGAGUGUGAAUGGAUUGUGGGUAGUGUAUCAGGAUAAUGUGUGAAAAAGACUUGUUAUACUAAAUCAAUCUCUACUGCUAUAACACAUUCAGAUUGUACAACUUAUAUGAGUAGUUGUACAGUUGCAAGAAUAGGUGGUUGCUUAACUAAAGGUGCAUGUAAUACUUAUUUAUCAGAAGAAUAAUGUAAAAAUGGAGGAAAUUGCUUCUGGAAUGAAAAAAAGGCUUUGACAUGUGUAGAUCUUUCAUGUGAUAAAAUAGAGGAUUCAUACAAUACUCAUGAAUUAUGUAGUGGAAUAACUAAAUUGAAAUGCACAGUUAAAUCUACUGGAUUGGGAUGUCAAAAUAGAUCAUCAUCAUGUUCCAGUUAUAAUGAUAAAAAUUGUUAUUUCAAUUCAGCUGAUUAAGUAUGUGUAAUGGUUUCAUAAGACGAUGGUACAAGUAAAUGUAUGGAAAAAGCUUGCACUACUGCUGGAAGUUCUUAUACUGAUCAUACUGGUUGUUAUGAUUAUUAUAAGGCAAUUGCUGGAACUAAAACAGCAGAACAUUGUACAGUUACUCUAGUAACUGCUGCAGAUGGAACUACAUCUCCAGCUGGAUGUUAAAAGGUUGGAGCUUGUACUGAUUAUGGUAAAGAUUAAUGUUAUGUUGAUUCUGAAGGAAAAACAUGUGUUUGGGAUGACACAAAUAAAUGCAGAAUUAAAACAUGUGAAACUGCACCUGAUACAGAUAGUUAUGAUAGUGAUGAUGAAUGCAAAACAUAUUUGGAUGAUGGUUCAUGUACAGUUGCAUCUGAUGAUAUGGGUUGUGUUGUUAGACCUGAAAAAUGUGAAGGAAUGACUGAAAAAUAAUGUAUUAAAGAUAGAGCUGGAAAUGCAUGUUAAUAUUUGAAUGGUUAAUGUUAUACAAAAUCUUGUUCAACUGCUCCAACUGAUAUAAACACUAAAGAUUAAUGUGCAGCUUAUUUGCCAGAAUGCACUUUAGAUGAAAAUAAUAGAUGUAAACUUGAAAUUUGUGAAGAUUUCACUUUUACUUCUGAUGAUGAAUGCCAAAAAGCAAAAGCAGGUUGCACUACUAAUGGUACUAUAUGUGUAUUGAGAACUUCAUGUUAGGCUGUUACUAAUGAAAAAGGAUGUGUUUCUGAUGAUUAAUAACAAAAAUGUUAAUGGAUUAGUGCAAGUUCAACUUGUGUUAGUAGAACUUGUGCUACAGCUCCUGCUACAACUGAUUAUGAUACUGAAGAUGAAUGUAAGGCUUAUAAAGAAGGUUGCACAACUAAAAGAGGAGGAGGAUGUGUUGUUAAGUCUACUUGUUCUGCUGCAACUGCAGAAUCAGCUUGCAAUUUUGUUGCAGGUUUCCCAAAUAAUAAAUGUACUUGGGAGAAUGAUAAAUGUAGAGAUUAAGGAUGUUAAGACUUUUCAUUCUCUACACAUGCUGAAUGUAAAAAAGCAUCUGAUAAAAUUAAUUGUACUGCUGGACCAAAUGGUAAAUGCACUACUUUAACAACUUGUGAAGCUGCUCAAGUCAGAGCUGCUUGUAUUGAAGGUUUUUAUAAUGGAUAACUUCAACCAUGUCUUUGGAUUCCAAAAGCAAACAAUGGAAAUGGAGCUUGUUACCAAUAUACUUCAUGCAAGAGUAGAGAUUGGAAAUUGCAUGAUGAAUGUUAAUGGAUUUCUAAUUAAUGUACUACAGAUGGGUCUACUUGUUUAGCUAUCACUUUAUGUUCAGAAACAAAAACUAAAGAAGGAUGCAAAGUUGGAUAUGAUAAAGAUUGCAUUUUUACUGUUCCAGCAAUAGAUUCAUCUGAUCCACCUAUUUGUAAAGCUUAUACUUCAUGUGCUGAUGCAUUCUAUAAAACUCACUCAGAGUGUUAGGGAGCAAGUACAAAAUGUACAACUAAUGGUGUAACAUCUUGUGCUCCUCUUGCUGCUUGUUCAACUUAUACAGUGAAGGAAGCAUGUGUUAUAAAUGACGUUGGCCUAGUUACUGAGUAAUCAACUGGUUAUAUUACAUCUACAGGUGUAUGUGAGUGGAAGGAUGAAGCUUGCAGAGAUUAGGCUUGUAAAGAUCUUUAAGGUGUUUCUCAUUCAGAAUGUUACUCAAAACUUAAAGGUUGUACUUCAGAUGGAGCUAAUUGUUUAACAAUUGCUGCUUGUGCAACAUAUACAACUUAAAUAGCUUGUUCAACUGCUUAUGGAUCUGAUGGACCUUCUGGAAAAUGCUAAUGGGAUGCUACAGCCAAUAAUAAUAAUGGAGCAUGUCGAGUUUUCUAAUGCUCAGAUAUAACUGGAGGCAUAUCAACAACUGUCUGUCAAGCUUCAUUAGCAACUUGUGUUUCAAAUGGAACUAUAUGUAUUGAAUAAGCUAAUUGCAGUAGUGCAGCUUAUCAAAAUUUAAUAACAUGCAAUUCUGGAGGAAAGGAUGGAAUUUGUGUUUUCACUAAAUCCACUGCUACAGGUGCAACUCCAAACUAAGGUACAUGUGCUUUGAUGACAUCAUGUACUUCAGCUAAAAAUGAUGCAUAAGCUUGUGGCAGAGCUAAAGACAGAUGUUCAUAUACUCCUGAAGUAAAAACAGGAACCACUACUAAUCCUAGCAAAUGUGAAACACAUACAUGCGCUUCUUAUAAAUAAUCUAAUAAUGGAAUUUGUGCAAAUUUCUUGAGUUGGGAUAAAAAGACAUAACAAAUUUGUGUUGUUGAAGGUACAGAAUGUAAAGAAAAGGAUCCAGCUACUCUCACUUAAGAAUAAUGCUAUGUAUCUUCCGGAUACACAUAUACUUGGAAUGCAGCCACUUCUAAAUGUGGAGUAUGUACAGCUGUUUAAUAAAAUAAUAAUAACACAACCACUAAUCCUAAUACAACAACUCCAAACACAGAUGAUUCAGGAUAUAUUCUUGGUUUCACAACCAUUAUCUUAGGAUAUCUAGUAUUUUGAUC